UCUUCUGGUCCUGAUCCUGUGGACCUGAUCCUGUGGUCUGUGCUGCAGGUGUGGAGCUGCACCGGAUGUUUCUCCCUCUUCCACCUGCCCUGCAUACAGAAGUGGGCCAGAGACUCGGUCUUCCUCAUCUCCUCUGUGACUGAUGAAGACUUUGGUGAGAAGCAGCACCCGUGGCCCUGUCCAAAGUGUCGUACAGAAUACCCUCCCAGCUCCACACCCAACAGGUACAUGUGUUACUGUGGGAAACUGCAGGAUCCUCCAGCUGACCCCUGGUUGGUUCCUCACUCCUGUGGCUCCGUGUGUCAGAAGGAGCUCAAACCCACCUGUGGACACACCUGUCUGCUGCUGUGUCACCCUGGAAGUGGACAAGGAGUGCAGGUGUGGUAAACACAGGAAGUUGAUGCCGUGUCACAAAGAGUACCUGUGUGACUCCAAGUGUCCCAGGACCAGGAACUGUCAGAGACAUCAGUGCAGGAGGAAGGUGUCCCCCCUCCUGCCACCACCGGUCCAGAGAGCCCCACCGGUGCCACCCGGGCCCGUGCCCCCCCUGCAGACAGGUGUGUGGACUGGCGCUGCCCGGCUGCAGACACACCUGUCCUCAGCCCUGCCAUGACCUGGUUCUGGUCCGGUCCCAACAGGGUCUGCAGGUCCAGCUGGCGGGUCCGUGGGAACAGCCAUCAGAACCGGCCUUCGUGAAGAAAGCUCUGCCCUGUCCUCCCUGCCAAGUACCCAUCCCAACGUCCUGUUUUGGAGAACAUGAG